AUGCCCCGGCAGCUGUUUUCUUCUCCAGUGCUGCUGCUCUGCGUUCUGUUGAUAUUCUCCGGUGGUCACAAAGCUGAGGCCAACUCGAAUUAUGAGCAACUGCCAGAUGGAGUUGAUGUGUUUUCGUCGCAGCAGCAACCUGGCCACAACUUUGAUGCUCCCUCACUUGCGGAGGUCAACGGGGUUCUGAUUGCCGCCGUUCAUGCUCACUGCUCCAGGUGCGAAGAUGGUUUCUCCAAAAUUGUGGAAAGGCACACGCUGACAAAUGAGUGGAGGACGCAGGAGAAGUGGAGGACGCAGCGGGUAACGUGGGGCUUUGAUACGCCCUACUCCAGCGUUUCGGUGUUUAACCCAGCAAUGGCCGUGAAGGAAAAUAAAGUAUAUCUUUUGUUCAAGCAAGAUGAGGAAAGGAAGAGUUCCGGGAGUUCGAACUGGGUCGACACAUUUUCAGGUGUUCGUCUCUACACUGGCACACGCGCAGCGGGCAGCGCCGAAGGCGACAAGCUAAUUCGUUGGAGUUACUCCGGAAAGGUGUUUGGGCACAUCUUUAACGAACUUGGGAAGAAUUUUGAGAGACAUUAUAUGACCGGUGCAGGCUCUGGCGUUGUGAUGGUGAACGGCACCGUCGUGUUCCCCAUGGAGGCAUUGAACGAUAAGACACGAGAGUACAUCUCCACGAUUGUCUCCUUAUCAAGCGACGGCAAACGAGGGACCAUGGCGAAAGGUGUGCCCAACACAGGCUGCUCAUACACAACCGUCGUGGAGAAGCAGGACGGAGAGCUCCUCAUGAUGAUCUCCUGCAGGGAUGGGGUGCGCCGGGUGUACGAGUCCAGCGACAUGGGGGAGACGUGGACGGAGGCGCUCGGGACGCUUUCACGCGUGUGGGGAAACUCGCCCCAUCGCACUGGGUACGGCGACCAAGACGGUCUCGUGACCGCGACUAUUGAGGGAAAGAAGGUGCUCCUGCUUACACACCCGGUGUAUCCCAAUAAUGGAGGAUUUUUUGCCAACCGAAUCCACCUUUGGCUUUCCGAUGGUGCCCACAUCUUUGACGUUGGCCCGAUAUCUGUCGAGAGCAAAUACAAUUCCGCUUCCAGCACUCUGCUGUACACCAACGGCGAGUUGUUUUCGCUCUACAAGCGGAGCGACCACGGCAGGGAGCGCUUUGUUCUUGUGGGGCUUGGCGAUCAGCUGAAUCGCACAAAAGAGGUGCUGGCAAGGUGGAAAAGGCUGGACAAUGAUUCCUCCAAGCUCUGCGGGUCCUCGGAUGUGGGUAGUGCGUGUGGCGCUUCCAGGCUGGUUGGCUUUUUGUCCAAUACAAGCUCUGCCACCCACUGGGACGACGAGUAUCUCUGCGUGAAUGCAACGGUGCAUGGUGCGACGAAGGUCGAGCACGGCUUUAACUUCAGCGGGGUCAAUUCGUGGGCGAGAUGGCCCGUGGGCGAGCAGGGGCAGAACCAGCGGUACCACUUCGCCAACUACAACUUUUCUCUUGCGGCGACAGUAACCGUCAAUGAGCUGAAAAAGAAUGCCUCGGUGUUUGGUGUGAAGUUUGACAGCACCGUCAGCACACGCAACCGCCUUGGAUUGUUGUGCAGCAGCGAGAAUAAGUGGGUGGUGAGAAGCCGAACUGGGGAGAGGAGGUUGGUGCACGCCCCCGCGUGUGAGUCCAAUAAACAAUACCACGUGCUUCUCACACGUGAAGAUGACAGGUUUUCCUUCUACGUUAACGGCGAGUCACUGACGCUUGAGGAAGGGCAAAACGAGGUGCCGAAGAGCAGGGAAAACGAGGAGAUCACGUACUUCUACUUUGGGGCAGACGAUGACAUGAGUGACGCUGACGGAAGUGUAACGGUGAAAAAUGUUCAGUUGUACGACCGCGCAUUUGUUCCGGAGAAGCGCUAUCUGUAA